AUGACGGGAGAUGAUGGAGAAUUGAGGUAUAUUACUAUGUGUUGCGCUCGAUCAGGUACAUCAAAAAGUAAUUCAAGUAAUCCUCUUAAGCCAUAUCCAAGUAUAAAGAAUGAUUGCAAGGCUCAACUAAGGGCAGGUUUAUACUUGGGUGAGAAAUGGCGAGUGAAUUCUGUUAAGCUUGAUCAUAAUCACGUGUUGAGUCCAACAAAAACUCGUUAUUGGAAGUGUUUUCGGGAAGUUAGUUCUUCUGCAAAAAAGAAGCUUGAAGUGAAUGAUAAAGCCGGAAUAAGGGUCAACAAAAGUUAUAAUUCAGUGGUGGUUGAAGUUGGGGGGCAUGAGAACAUGAAGCGUUUAGAAAAAGAUUGUAGAAAUUAUAUUGAAAAGGUGAGGCACUUACGACUUGAAGAAGGGGAUGCCACUGCAGUUCAAAACUACUUUGUAAGCAUGCAAGCUCAGAAUGCAAAUUUCUUCUAUGCAAUUGAUUUAGACAAAAAUGGUCGUUUAAGAAAUGUAUUUUGGGCAGAUGCAAGGAGUAGGGCAUUGUAUGAAGAAUUCGGUGAUGUUGUAACAUUUGACACGACGUAG